AUGACCAUUGCAACACUACGAUCGAGACUCAGUGACCACGCAAGAGUGAGAGCCCCCUCAUCCACACCCCGAUCUAGCGCCUCCAUGAGAGGCUCUACUUCGGCUGGUGGCCAGGAUGAUCUGAGGGUGACUGUGUGGAACAAAGAGCCGGCUGUCUGUCCGUGCCCCACAGCACCUUCUUCAGUGUUGCAACCCGCGAGUGUUCAGGGGAUUGCCGCGGGACCAUUUCCGGGUGCCCCGCGGGUUUCCUUUGGCGCUCCAGAGGAAGACGCGAUGUCGAUUGCAGCAUCACAAAAUGGGUCUGAUUCGUCUGAAAGUGACGACUCGUCACAGCUGCCACCUUCGGGUGUGAAUACGGCUGUGGCUCAGUCUGAUCCAGAGAUGACGGCCAUGCUUUCCCGGGCACCCGCGUGCAUCAGGUUAGAGUGGACCCCUCCACCCUGUCCCGAGCGCUCGCGGCUGGACGAUUGGUUUUUGGGUGCAGCUGCUGGUUCCCGUCUGCAGCCUGCCCCAAUACCUUUCUUCCCGGACGUGCAUGAUGAAGUCUCGAAGCCCUGGAAGACUCCCAUGUCUUCUUGUGACCGCUCGUUGAUUUCAUCCGCCUUUCCUCCUCUCGAUGGGGCAGCUGCCCGUGGGUACACUGGGCUCCCCUCGGUUGAAUGCUCUGUUGCGAUACAACUGUGUCCUCAGAGUGCUUCUUCUCGUGGCGAGCCUAAGCACCCAUCCAAAGCCUGUAGGUUUUUGUCUAUGUUAGUGGCGAAGUCCUACAGAGCGGCGGAACAGGCAGCUGCUUCUCUGCAUGCCAUGGCCACUCUGCAGGUCUACAAGGCCCAGAUGCUCAGAGACAUGCACGAGGGCAUUCCUAUACGGCCCUGUCUGGCCGCGUGA